UUUCCUACAGCGUUGUCACUUUCCCAUAUCAAAUCCAAACGCAAGGCAACAGAGCUCUUGCUUACUUUCUUUACCAGAGUUACUUUAGUCCUUCUUUUGGUUUCGUGGUUCCGUUGCAGCCAUGAAGUUGAACAUCAGUUACCCCGCCACUGGGGCACAGAAGUUGAUCGACAUUGAAGAUGAACGUAAAGUUCGAAUCUUCUACGAGAAGCGUAUGGGUGCCGAAGUUGAGGCUGAUGGUCUUGGAGAUGAGUGGAAGGGAUAUGUAUUCAGAGUUGCUGGUGGCAACGACAAACAAGGAUUCCCCAUGAAGCAGGGUAUCCUCACCACAGGUCGUGUGCGACUUUUGUUCUCCAAAGGGCAUUCCUGCUUCCGUGAGAGACGUACUGGUGAAAGGAGGCGUAAGUCAGUCAGGGGAUGCAUCGUUGAUGCUAACUUGUCUGUCUUGGCAGUUGUUGUUGUCAAGAAGGGUGAACAGGAAAUCCCCGGCUUGACCGAUGUUACUGUGCCUAAGCGAUUGGGUCCCAAGCGUGCUUCUAAGAUCCGCAAACUCUUCAACCUUGCCAAGGAAGAUGACGUUAGGCAGUACGUUAUCAAGCGGCCAUUGCCCAAGAAGGAAGGAAAGAAACAACGUUUCCGUUCUCCCAAGAUCCAGCGUUUGGUUACCCCAGUUGUUCUUCAGCGCAAACGUCAUCGCAUGGCAUUGAAGAAGAAGCGUGUUGUCAACAGACGCGAACAGGCUGCCGAAUACGCUCGCCUGCUGGCCCUCCGCACCAAAGAGGCCAAAGUGAAGCGAGCAGAGGAGGUGAAACGCCGUCGUUCCCGAUCUGCGUCCAAAUCUUCCGUUGGUACACAAUAGAAAAUUUUAUGGCAUUAUAAAAUGAAACAUCUGUAUGCCGAUUUUCUUAUGUGAAAUACAUGGGCGGAACGCAA